CAUGGAUGCUAUGGAAUAUGCGCAGUUUAUGAGACAAGAUGGGAACCAGGAUUUUAAAAAUGGAAAUUACUCGUUGGCCAUCAGAAAGUACGAUCAAGCUCUACAUAUGCUCGGUUGUUUAAUGCAAUGGGUCCCGUGUUCCAGGGACAUAGCUGUGUUACACUGCAACAAAUCAACUGCCCUGUACAAUCUCGGUAAAUGGAGAGAAGCAGUGUGUUCAGCCUACCAGAGCUUACACUGGGAUCCGAAGUAUGUUAAGGCUUAUUAUAGAGCUGGCCACUCACUGACCAUGUUAUCAGACUCUUAUGAGGCGAUUUCUAUGUUUCAUAAAGGUUUGAGUCUCCUGAAUGCUUCUGCAGAUCGAACUCAAGUUGCUGAUUUUGUAGCAGGCAUCUUCAUAAGUGUCAACGAUGAACGAGUCUUUCCACCAACUUUUCCCCCUGCAUAUGAGUAUAUUUUCAGCUCAAGGUUUGAUGCACUGAUUUGGCAAGCGGUGAUAGAAAGGUUGGCCCAGAAGGGAAAAUGGCGGUCUUGUCUGUUGUUGUUGUCCGAGAAGAAAGAGUUGCCCACCAAUCUCAGAGUCAACCAGUUAUCACUGAAGAAUCUCUUUGAGACUUCUGAGUUGUAUGGACAUGGUGAGAAGAUGCAAGAAGUAGCGGAGUUAGUCAAGUGGCUAAUUUCCAUUGGGGCGAAAGUUGAAACCAUUGGAGUGUAUCUGCUUCAUGCUGUUAUCAGACUGUGUAUCAAAGCAAGACCUGAAUAUAUCAGCUUUGAUGAAAAUAAAGUAUUUCUUCCUGCGAUCCCAGUGGAGCAACAGUUUCUAUACGUGCUAAAGAAUGGAAAGAACCAUCUCUUCAGGUGGUUACUGACUCAGAGGCCAGACUUGAAGGGUAGGAUCAACCAGCAAGACAGAGAUGGAUGCACCCUACUGCAUAUUGUGGCAUCUUCCAGUGAAUAUUCCCAGAAACGCA